AUGCAGAGCGAUCCACUCGCGCUUUGGACCUACCAUGACGAAGAGAAUAUGGAACACACUUUCUGGCGCUACAAAAUUGAGCUCUCGGUUCUGGAAGUGUCUCAGGUGGUAGCAUACGAAAUUGAUGGGGUAACUGAACAAGCCAAUUUCCACGUACCUGCAAGUGAACAAAACUUCCGCUGGGCCUCGCACUCGUGCAAUGGAUUCAGCAGUAGUAUUGACCCUACUGAGUGGAAUGGCGCGGAUCCAUUGUGGAAUGAUAUGCUGGCGGAACACAAAAAGAACCCGUUCCAUAUUGUUAUGGGCGGUGGGGACCAAAUAUACAAUGAUAAAAUUGUACAGGAGGCAGAAAUUGCUCCUAUUUUUUCGUCCGAGACUAACCACGCCAACAAGUCGCCGUUGACGCCUGAAAUUGCUACUGCCAUUGAUAGGUUUCUCUUCCGCAACUAUACAAAGUGGUUUGGAAGUGGCACAUUUUCCCAAGCAGCAGCUUACAUUCCUAUGGUCAAUAUGUUGGAUGAUCACGACCUUAUUGACGGGUUUGGCACGUACCCAGACGAUCUCAUGAAGUCACCCGUAUUCAAUGCAAUCGGCAGUCGCGGCUACUUUUUCUACCUCCUCUUCCAAAUGUUUAUGAACGACGAGGUGGAUGGAGUGAGCAAUGAGGAUACGUCGGAUCCUAACCCCUCUCCUUUUUCGUCCUUAAUUAUUGGCGGACCAGGUGCCUACAUUCCUUUCCCAACCCACAAUUUGUUGGUAAAGCUGGGCCCUAAGCAGUACAUGCUUUUGCUGGAUUGCCGUGCGCAACGCAAGCUGACGCAAGUGUGUGCAUUGGACACGUACAAGCGCUGCUUCCGGGAGCUUCGUGCAUUGCCGCCUACCGCACAGCAUGUAAUCAUUCAGUUGGGUGUCCCAUUGGCAUAUCCCCGCAUGGUCUUUCUUGAAAACAUUCUAACAAGCCGAUUCAACCCCAUUAUUUAUCUUAUCAAGAAACUCUUACCGUCAUUCACAAACAACUUCAAUGGCCAAGUCGAGUUGCUCGAUGACUUGAACGAUCACUGGUGUGCGGCAAAGCACAAACACGAAAGGAAUGUACUUAUUGAGCGUCUCCAAGAAGUGGCAUUGAAGCAAAAGCUUCGGAUUACCUUCAUUAGUGGCGAUGUGCACGCAGGCGGAUGUGGUUACUUUUACACGGCAAUGAAUACAUCUCCCGCCAAGGACCACCGGUACAUGUUGGCGAUGAUCACAAGUGCUAUUGUUAAUGCCCCGCCUCCAGGCCCGGUCCUAAAACUGAUCAACACACUUGCUGUAAAGAAGCACCGCAGCUUGUUCUCCAUUAAUACAAGGGAACGCAUGCUGCCCAUGUUCAAGAACAAUCCAGAUGGGAGCAAGCAGAGUAAUAAAUACAUAAUCGGUGCACGCAAUUGGUGCGCUGUCGAUUACAUGGAGGAUUCCAACGAACUGAAAUUUGACCUUCGCGUGGAAAAGAGCAAGGGAUCAAGCGAGGUAGAUGUGUACACUGUCAAGGCACCUCCGCCGCUUUUCAGUAAAAAACGGUUCGGGCACCGUGCGAAAGACAAUCAGUAG